AUGUAUGCAUUGCUUAAUAAAACCAGCAGUCAUGAAGAGGAUGCGGUAGCCCUGUGCGCGUGCAAACGAAUUCAGUUGACGAUAUCACCUGUUCAUGCAGACAAACUUGUUGUCUCAAAUGCUGUGUUUAGAUUUCAGACUUAUACCUUGAUUCAGGAGAUAGCACCUUCUUAUCAAAUAUUUGUAAUUAAAAAGGAUGUUGAGUCUUCUGGAAUAAAUAACAGGAUUUAUUUAACGGCAGGCAAACAUUUAAUUUUCCACAUUUUCAUAGAUAGAAAAUACAAACAGAUUUUCGAUGCUCUUCACAUAAAAAUUUCAUUGUGA